AUGGCAGCCGUUGACACUGGCGUGACGGCAGCAAGAGGGAGCGGAGCCACCCCGGUGCCGCCUGCUCCCCAUCUGCCGGUGGUCCCGGGGCUGCUGGCCGGGGCCAGAACCCCUCGGAGGAACGGGGGCAGCCGAAGCGGGCGGAGCCGGCGCCCGGCACCACGGCGGGAGCGGUGCCAGGCUGGAUCCCAACACCAACAUAACUCCUGGUACCCUCCCCUUGCCCUGAGCGCUGUCUCUACACCCUGCGGACACCCCGCGGCUGCCAGGCAGCGACUGGGGAGCCCCCAGACCGCUCCUGCGUCGGGCCCUGCUGAAUCUCGUCCUUGCUUUAUCCGCUCCUGGCCGCGCUCCGGCCGAGGGAGGGCCCGGGAGGAGCUGCUGGGACGUGGGGUACCGGAUCGGGAAGGACCCGGUGAAGCGGCCAGCGAGGGCCAGGUCAAUGCCGAGACCAACUGCGGCCAGGCCGGCACAGCCCCACCGGCACAGCCCCACCGGCACAGCCCCACCGGCACAGCCCCACCGGCGCACUCCCACCGGCACAGCCCCACCGGCACACUCCCACCGGCACAGCCCCACCGGCACAGCCCCACCGGCGCACUCCCACCGGCACAGCCCCACCGGCACAGCCCCACCGGCGCACUCCCACCGGCGCACUCCCACCGGCACAGCCCCACCGGCACACUCCCACCGGCACAGCCCCACCGGCACAGCCCCACCGGCACAGCCCCACCGGCGCAGGCCGCGCUGCCUCCGCGCCAGGAGCCGCUCUGCUCGACCACAGAGAGACACAGCCUGGCGCCCCCUAGCGGGCCGGGGGUGGUUGCUAUGUCGGAGUGA